AUGGUGUACUUACAGUUGCUUACCUUUGGAUGGACUCCUGAAGAAGCCAAAAUGCACAUGGUCGCGGACUAUUUUAGUCUUUCGGAAUGGAAAGUGAUUACUGAGGUACUUGGGCCAAAUCCUCGACAUCUAUUUGAACUCUAUGCACUUAAACAAAGCAAUUAUCACCUAAAACUAACACAAGACAAGGCUUGUACCUUUGAGGACACUGUAGAUGCAUAUAUAGCAUAUUUGCAAAAAGAGGAGGACUCAAUUGCGAAAUCAGAAGACCAAAAUAGGAAUUAUGUGAGGCCCCAAAAGGGAGGGGAAGCAACCCAAGUAGAUGCAAGACUACAUGUCUCAAAAGAGAUCCAAUGUGAAGUCAUUCCAUUUGCUGCAAAACCUAAAUCAGGGUACGUUGCUUUAACGACCCACCUUUUCUUUCAAAGCGACGUCUUCUACGAUGUCAAGAAUGGCAAGACCCUUAUCCACAAAUGGAAAGGGGUUAUUCCUUACGCCCACCGAUUCUUGGAUUUGCAAACUCCCUCGUGCCGAUCUACUGUCUUGAGGGGAAGAGGGGCUUUGUUAUUAUUGUGA